AUGCGGCUUUUCUUUAAUUUACUACUCUUCAUUGCUUUGCUUCUAAAUGGAGUUAUCGAAGGUCAAAGAAGGAUAAAAAGAACAGCUAUCAUACCUGGUGAUAUUAUGAUUGGUGCAUUGUUUUCUGUUCAUCAUGCCCCUGGGACAAAGCAGGCUCAGUCUCGGAUUUGUGGUGAAAUUCGAGAGCAGUAUGGAAUCCACAGAGUUGAAGCAUCGUUCCAGACCAUAGAUGAAAUCAACCGAAACAAGACCAUACUUCCCAACAUCACACUUGGCAUCGAGAUAAGAGAUUCCUGUUGGUAUUCUCCAAUUGCUUUAGACCAGUCCAUCGAGUUCAUUCGGGAUGCCAUCAAGCAAGAUGAUGACGUCGGUGACCUAGGGACAAACCACGCCUCAAACGUAACCAUUGAGGAAUGCCCACCAACUACAAAGCCUAAAGUUCUGAAAAAUCUUGUUGGGGUAGUCGGGCCAGGGUCAAGCACGGUAACAAUUCAGGUACAGAACCUGUUGCAGCUGUUCAGCAUUCCUCAAAUCGGAUAUUCAGCAACUAGUAGAGACUUAAGCGAUAAGAGUUUCUACAAAUACUUUAUGCGUGUUGUACCUUCCGACUUUUAUCAAGCUCAAGUUAUGGUCGAUCUUGUUAGAGCUUACAACUGGACGUAUGUUUCAACGGUGCACACAGAUGGUAACUAUGGGGGAAGUGGCAUGGAUGCAUUCACCAAACUGGCCCAUGAAGCUGGAAUCUGCAUUGCAACAUCGGACUCUUUGUUGAGUCAUGCUGAGGACUUCAUCUUCGAUCAGGUCAUCCGAAACUUGCGCAAAUACCCCAGCGCACGAGUGAUCGUAUGCUUCUGUGAGGGCAUGACAGUCAGGGGACUCCUGAAAGCCAUUCGGAGACUGAAUGCAACUGGAGAAUUCUUACUAAUUGGCAGUGAUGGUUGGUCAGAUCGACCUGACGUCACGGAAUCGUACGAAUACGAGGCACUGGGAGGCAUAUCAAUUCGAAUCCACUCUACGUAUGAUCGUUCUUUCGAUCCUUACUACUUCCGCUUGAGACCAGGAAGAAAUAAUCGAAACCCAUGGUUUCGGGAAUUCUGGGAGUAUCGCUUCAAUUGCACGUUGCCAGAUUCGCCGACUAGGAAAUACAAUAAGACCUGUACAGGCCGUGAAGAUCUGCGAGAACGCUACAAACAAGACACAAAGAUGUCCUUUGUGAAAAAGGCAUUGCUUACGAUGGCCUACGGACUCCACGAUAUGCAGCAAGAUUUGUGUCCUGGGAAAGGACUUUGUCCUCGGAUGCUGCCAGUGAACGGGUCCUUAUUUCUGCAGUACCUUUUAAACGUUAGCUUCGUUUGGGAAAAUGAGACCGUUUGUUUUGACGAAAAUGGAGACCCCCCUGGAAGGUAUGACAUAAUGAACUUUCAGUAUGAGGCUGAGAACCACACAUUCGAUUACCGACAUGUUGGCUCCUGGGACAGUGGUCACCUGCAUUUAUUCCAACCAUUUCGUUGGAAUCCUUUACAUACAGAACAUCCAGGCCUACCGCCAGAAUCUGUUUGUAGCAAACCUUGUGAAAAAGGGAAGGUAAAAAGUAUACAAUCUGAAAGUGUAAAAUGCUGCUGGGUAUGCGUAGCUUGUAAAGAGAAUCAAUUUCUAGAAGAUGAAUACACAUGCAAGGAUUGUCAACUUGGUUGGUGGCCGAACGAAAAUCUCACUGAUUGCGAUCGGAUUCCUGUAGAUUACAUUCACUGGUCAGAUAGCUCAGCAAUAGCUGCUACUGUAACAGCUAUAUUAGGAGCUAUCGCUACCAUCGUAUCCGCGGGCGUCUUUUGCAAGCAUAACAACACUCCUGUUGUCAAAGCUUCAACUCGAGAGCUAUCUUACGCCAUAUUGAUUGGUAUGUGCAUCUGUCAUGGCUGCACAUUCCCCUUGCUGGCAAGACCGACGCGCCUAAGUUGCACCCUCAGCAGAAUUUUACCUGGACUUGGAUUUGCCAUGAUGUAUGCCUCCCUAGUUACCAAGACCAAUAGGAUUGCACGGAUUUUGGCUGGAAGCAAGAAAAAAAUCAUCACAAAAAAGCCUCGUUUUAUGAGUGGAACAGCACAAGUUGUCAUUAGCUGGUUACUGGUCAGCGUAGAAGCAAGCAUUAUUGCUGCAAUGCUGGUAUUGGAACCAGCAAAUUCAAUGUAUGCGUACCCGUCUCUGAACAAAGUGGAGCUCGUAUGUAACACCACACCCCUGGGCAUCAUCGCACCCCUCGGCUUUGACUUUUUCCUAAUAGCCAUGUGCACGGUUUAUGCUGUCAAAACCCGCAAUGUUCCUGAAAACUUCAAUGAAGCCAAAUUCAUCGGGUUCACCAUGUAUACAACGUUGGUCAUCUGGAUUGCGUUCGUUCCUAUUUAUUUUGGAAGUAAUUCAAAGGUCAUCACGUUGUGUCUGUGCGUCAGUUUCAGUGCUCUGGUCGCCCUGUUGCUUCUUUUCUUCCCCAAGUUAUACAUCAUCAUUUUCCGACCGGACAAGAACGACCGCAGCUGCUUCACUACCACAAAAGACGUCCGCUGCCAUAUCGGAAGAGUGACGAGUGGCACAACAACUAUAUCACGGAAUUCCUCUCAUUCAACAUCUGAAUACAGCUUAGAAUCUCCCAGGAAUAUGUCUUUAGACCUUGUUCAUAAAGGUCAUCCUCCAAAGAAUGAACAGACUGGAAAUCGUCGUCCUAGUAUGAACUUCCUAGUACGCUUGAGGAUUAGCAAACAGGACAAAAUAGCAGCAAAUGUCGCUCAACACAUACGAGCUGUGAGGGCAGCAGAAGCAAUGGAUCGAAGGACUAGAUUUAAACGGACAGAUUCUUUCAGCCUGCCUGGAUUUGGUCCAAGUGGGUUGCAAAGGAGCACAUCAGGUGGAGAUGAUUCUCAAAAACGAUUGGGCAGUACUUUGGAAGAACCGGCAGUGGGCAUGGAUGUCGCCUGCCAAACUUCGUAUGACUUGUUAGAAGCAUUGUUACCAUCUUUGCGAAGAAGGCGGACUGAAAGUGUAGUUCCGUUAGUGACCGAUGACGAUGAAGCAAAUCGAUACAUGAUGGGGCAUAAGAUGGACCACAGGCAUAUGUUCUAUGGCGAUGGAUUCAGACAAUAUCCACUUUAUGGGUCAGGCAGCAUACCAUUUGAGAAUCCACAAGGUGUUAAAGUAGUCAGCAGGCCCAAAAGCCGCCAUCGUUGUGAUGACAACAGAGUAGAAGUUGAAUACAAAAUGCCCGAGGAUAUGAUUGAUCUUCAAGACUAUGAAGAGGUCCUAUCUCUCAAAGAGAUGAAACGAUCCAAAGCCUUGCAGCUUUUGGGCAAAAAGGCUCAAUAUAACAAACUAGUCUUUCAGGCAAUUUCUGCAGAAAGUACUUCUUUGGGACCGCCUCAUGAAGGCGUAUCCGAAGGAAGUUUUUCCCCUGCCAUCAGUCAAGACAGUCUCAUUGACGCCACAUCCUCCAUAGUAGAGGAAAGUGCCAGCACUGGUAGUGACGAAACUCCUGGUAGUGCUGUGUAUAAAAACAUCAUCAUAAAUCUUGGUGGACCGCACGACAGAUCGAGUAGAGGAUUCCUCAGCGCGUCGCAAAGUUCUGCCACUUCCGCAGGCAACUUGAACAUUUUGCCAACCAUUGCCGAUUCCAAAACUAACAGUAUAGACGAUCGAAAUAUAUCUCCCGACAUCAGCAAAUGGAGUUCCCCUAAUGGUAAUCCCAGAAAUAUGGUUGGUAGGUCUGAUUAUAAAGCAGAAGAUAGGUGA